UCCCCCGCAGCCAUGUCGUCGCAGUCGGCGCGCAGACGCCCGGCGGUCGGGGCCGAGGGGGGAGCCCCCGCGGGAGCCCCCGCGCGCGGCGAUGCGGAGCGGGGCAUGGCGGCGCCGGGUCUGUCGCUGUGCAUCAAGCUGUUGGCAGCGGCCUUCUACGGCCUCAGCUCCUUCCUCAUCGUCGUGGUCAACAAGAGCGUGCUCACCACCUACGGGUUCCCGUCGUCGCUGUGCGUGGGGCUGGGCCAGAUGUUGGCCACGGUUGCGGUGCUCCGUGCGGGGAAGGCGCUGCGGCUGCUCAAGUUCCCCGACCUGGACCGGCACGUCCCGCGCCGGACCUUCCCUCUACCUCUCCUGUACUUCGGGAACCAGAUCACGGGGCUCUUCAGCACCAAGAAGCUGAACCUGCCCAUGUUCACCGUGCUGCGGAGGUCCAUCCUCUUCACCAUGUUUGCCGAAGGAGUUCUGCUCAAGAAGAAGUUCUCCUGGGGUGUGCAGAUGACGGUGUUUGCGAUGAUCAUCGGCGCCUUCGUGGCCGCCAGCGCUGACUUGGCGUUCGACCUGGAAGGAUAUAUUUUUAUCCUCAUUAACGAUGCCUUAACAGCUGCAAACGGUGCCUACGUGAAGCAGAAGCUGGAUUCCAAGGAGCUGGGGAAAUACGGCCUGCUCUACUACAAUGCACUGUUCAUGAUCCUUCCCACCCUGACCAUUGCCUACUUCACUGGAGAUGCGCAGAAGGCAAUGGAGUACCAGGGCUGGGCAGACAUGCUGUUCAUCGUGCAGUUCACGCUAUCCUGCGUGAUGGGGUUUAUUUUGAUGUACUCCACAGUUCUUUGCACUCAGUAUAACUCUGCUCUUACAACUACAAUAGUUGGCUGCAUUAAGAAUAUUUUAAUAACCUAUAUUGGGAUGUUUUUUGGAGGAGACUAUAUUUUUACAUGGAUGAACUUCAUUGGUCUAAAUAUCAGUAUUGCAGGAAGCCUGGUGUAUUCCUACAUCACCUUCACGGAGGAGCAGCUCAGCAAGCAGGCCGAGGCGGGCAGCAAGAUGGAUAUUAAGGGCAAAAGCUCCGUGUGAUGGCGGAUCUGAGCUGCUGAACGCACUCUGUGCUGAGCCCAGCGCUGGCAGGACGCAGCGAGGAGUUGGGGUGUGUCUGCUGCAGAGUAAUGGUGAUGCUCUUUGAUUUGCACAAUCCAGAUUGCUGCCUUCAAAAAAUUACGGGAAAGGUGAAUGCAUAUGUAAGCAUUAAUCUGAUUAAGUCUGAUUGACUGUGAGGGAUUCCUGGCUGCUAAAUGACACCAAGGUUUGGCUCGCUCCAGUGGUGCAAGGGACUGAACUGCACAGGACUCCUCGGCACCUGGAAGUUACCAGGCUGUCCCGGUGGGGCAGAGGUUGGUGGCCUGCAGUGCUGGCUGUCACCAUGUGCUGCUGCAGAACAGAGCAGGGUUUCAUGCACUGAGCAGCAGGGACUGACUUCACAAGCUUGUCUUACACAGCACUUCCUUCCUGGUCUCUCCUUCGAGCGUCUUUUUGUUUUUUAAACAUAAAUUCUUUAUAAUUCCAGAAGAAUUCAGGAGAACCAGGUGAGGUUUUUGUACACUUUGCUUUGUUUCUAGACAACCAGCAUUGGAGCAGCUGUGUGCUUCACAGGGCAUCCUCCUCCCUGGGGUGAUGCUGUGUGGCUGCACAGAGCCUGGCCGUGCUGCUGGUGCCUGUGCUGCCCUGCUGUCCCCUGGCUGGGACAGGCCAAGAGCAGCUCCAGAGCAGAGCCCUGCGUGGAUGGAGGCUCAGGCUUUGCAGCAGCUGCAGAGCUUUGCUUUCAGGAGGGCGAUGGGGACGCAGCUCAGGGCAGGGCAGAGUGCUGGGCCGGAGCUUCACAGUCCCUGCCCAUCUCACUCCUCCACCCGCCUUUGUAACGUUGCUGUGCUGAGCUGUCUGCAGCCAGGAUGUCCGUUCUGGUGAGAGCUUCUGUUUGUUGUCAAAUCUGCUGGUUGGAUUGAUUGUCCACACAGCCGAGAUCGUUUUUAAAAGCUUAUUUUGUUUAUAAUUGUGCACACUUGGUGCCGGGUCCGGCUGGUGUUGCAUACACUGGGAAAGCAGAGUUCCUACCACAGUAUUUUCUAUGCUCUUAAUCUACUAAACUUUUUUCUAUACAGAAUCUAUUUACAGAAUGACCAAUUUAGUGACUAAAGGGUGACCUUAUUUGAAUGUACGGCGGGCUGUGUAGGGCAGGAACAAUAGGGGAGAAAUAAAAGGAUUUUAUGUGCCUCAAUAUUUUUGUACUGGCUUCCAAUAAAGCAAUGAACAAGCA